AUGGGUUCCACCAACGUCGAGAACUACGAUGUCAUUAUCAUCGGUGCCGGUCUUUCUGGAGUCUGCAGUCUUUAUCACUUGCGAAAGCGCUUUCCUUCGUGGCGCAUCCGCGUGCUAGAGGCCGCUGAAAGCGUCGGUGGAACUUGGUACUGGAAUCGCUACCCUGGCGCUCGUGUUGACUCGGAGUCUUUGUCUUACGCCUUCUCCUUUGACAAAGAGCUACGCGACGAGUGGCACUGGAAGGAGUCGUUUGCGCCUGCGUCGGAGAUCCUCCGCUACGUCGAGCGCAUCUCCGAAAAGCACGAUCUUGCGAAACAUGUCCAAUUCCAAACAAGCAUUAAGUCAGCCCACUGGCAGGAAAAUAGCCGAAAGUGGCUCUUCACCGAUGAAACUGGGGCUCAAUACCAAUGCCGCUUCUUCGUUAGUUGCAUGGGCUUCCUCUCUAAGCCUCAGCUCCCGGCGAUUCCUGGCGUCGAAAGCUUCAAAGGCGAAUCCUUCCAUACUUCUCGGUGGCCAAGGAAUUUCAAUAUGUCGCGUGACUUCGCCAACAAACGCAUCGGUGUCAUCGGAACGGGCGCCACGGGCAUUCAGACAAUCACAGCAGUCUCUAAGGAGCCUAGUGUGAAAUCGGUGACUGUUUUUCAAAGAACGGCAAAUUGGUCCGCGCCUCUUCGAAACGAGUCAAUCAGUCUUGAGCAAAUGAAAACACACUGGGAAAACUAUGAUGAUAUCUUCCAGCUCUGUGCCGAGACCCCUGGGUGUUUUAUGCACCAGGCUGACCCUCGGAAAUCAAUGGAAGUAUCCCAGGAGGAGCGAUACGCUCUUUGGGAGGAGAUUUAUGCUAAGCCAGGCUUUUCGAAGUGGCUAGGUGCUUUUAGCGACACAUACACCGACAGGCUGGCCAACAAGCUCUACUCGGAUUUCAUCGCAGACAAGAUUCGCCAACGCGUGCACGACCCAAGGGUUGCGGACAGCCUCAUCCCCAAGAACCAUGGCUUCGGCACUCGACGAGUUCCUCUAGAAAGCGGGUACUUUGAUGUCUACAAUAAGCCGAAUGUUCAUCUCGUGGACUUGCAGCAGACACCCGUUGAGAGCAUCACCGAAACCGGCAUCAGAACCAAUGACGGCAAACACCAUGAUCUCGACGUACUUAUCUACGCUACUGGAUUCGAUGCCAUUACCGGUGCCUUUAGCGCUAUCGAUUGGCGUGCCAAGGAUGGCCGACCCCUUGUCGGUAGCAGCGACUCCCAGCAAGGCUCUCAGGCUAUUUGGGUCGACCACCGACCACGCACCUAUCUCGGUUUGACGGCUAAUUCCAUGCCCAAUAUGUUUAUGAUCCUCGGCCCUCACCAGCCAUUUGGAAACGCUCCUCGGACUAUAGAGCACGCCGUUGCGGUGGUGUCCGAUCUUCUCCAACACUGCAAGGAUAACAACUACACAUAUGUGGAGCCGACAGAGAGAGCUGUCGAGGAGUGGACAGAGCAUGUGGUGGAAUGCAGCAAAGGAUCCUUGUCCAACGAAGUUGACAGCUGGAUGACCGGUGUGAACAAAAACAUUAAAGGAAAGACUGUUCGCAGUGUUGCUAGGUACUCUGGCCACGCAGUUGAGUACCGCCGGAGAUGCGCCGAAUGUAAGGAGAGGGGUUGGAAGGGAUUCAACUUCGAGACCGACCAACCACAAGUGCUUGCUAGAAUUUAG